AUGGAAUUUGCGAUGGUGGGCGCGGACGGCGGGUGUAACAGCCACCCGCCCUACGGGUACGCGCGCGCCCGGGAGAGGGAGCGGGAGAGGGCGCGGGCGGCGACGGCGGCGGCGGCGGGCGACGGCGCGGACACAGCCGGGGGGUCCACCUCCUCCUCUUCCUCCUCCUCCUCCUCCUCCUCGUCCUCGGGCGCGCAUCUCCUUAACAACCGCGCCGCCUCCUCCAUCAGCAGCACCGCCUCCUCCUCCUCCUCCUCUUCCUCGCAGCACCACCAGGACUCCGAGCUCCUCAGAGGGCGCAAACGGCAACGCGGCGCCGGACGCUGGAGACUCGGCGGGGACCUGCGCCACUCCGAACUGGCGCUGCUCGGCUCCGAGGAGGACGUCAUGAUCGAGGAGGAGGAGGAGGGGGAGGAGGAGGAGGAGGAGGAGGACGGAAGUAAGACUUUUCUGCCCAACAUGGACGCGGAUGAGGAUGACGACGACGACACGGCGUCCAUCACCGAUAAACGUCCCCAGUCCGGGUACGAGAACCUUUUCAGCGAGUUGGGCUGCUGCGAGCGAGUCGUCAUCAACGUGUCCGGGCUGAAGUUCGAAACCCAGCUGAAAACUCUCACCCAGUUCCCGGACACGCUGCUGGGGGACGCGGAGAAGCGCACCCGCUACUUCGACCCGCUGCGGAACGAGUACUUCUUCGACCGGAACCGGCCCAGCUUCGACGCCAUUUUGUACUACUACCAGUCCGGGGGCCGCUUGAAAAGACCCGCCAACGUGCCCUUCGACAUCUUCUCCGAGGAGGUGAAGUUUUACGAACUCGGCGAGGAGGCCAUGUUGAAGUUCCGGGAGGACGAGGGCUUCGUGAAGGAGGAGGAGAAGCCGCUGCCGGAGGACGAGUUCAAGCGGCAGAUUUGGCUGCUGUUCGAGUACCCGGAGAGCUCCAGCCCGGCGCGGGGCAUCGCGGUGGUAUCGGUGCUCGUCAUCGUCAUCUCUAUCGUCAUCUUCUGCCUGGAGACGCUGCCGGAGUUCCGGGACGACAAGGAGUACCUGCGCCCGAACGCCACCGCCGACCACGGGUUCACGCCCUUCAACGACCCCUUCUUCAUCGUGGAGACGGUGUGCAUCGUCUGGUUCUCCUUCGAGAUCGUCGUGCGCUUCUUCGCCUGCCCGAGCAAGGCGGACUUCUUCAAGAACAUCAUGAACACCAUCGACAUCGUCUCCAUCCUGCCCUACUUCAUCACGCUGGGCACGGACCUGGCGCAGCACCAGGGCAACGGGCAGCAGGCGAUGAGCUUCGCCAUCUUGAGGAUCAUCCGGCUGGUGAGGGUGUUCCGCAUCUUCAAGCUGUCGCGCCACUCCAAGGGCCUCCAGAUCCUGGGCCACACUUUGCGCGCCAGCAUGCGGGAGCUGGCGCUGCUCAUCUUCUUCCUGGUCAUCGGCGUCAUCCUCUUCUCCAGCGCCGUGUACUUCGCCGAGGCGGACGAGCCCACGUCGCAGUUCACCAGCAUCCCCGACGCCUUCUGGUGGGCGGUGGUCACCAUGACGACGGUGGGCUACGGGGACAUGAAGCCCAUCACCGUGGGCGGGAAGAUCGUGGGCUCGCUGUGCGCCAUCGCGGGCGUGCUGACCAUCGCGCUGCCGGUGCCGGUGAUAGUGUCCAACUUCAACUACUUCUACCACCGGGAGACCGACAACGAGGACCAGGCGCCGGUGGUCGAGAGCAUGCCGCCCGGGUGCCCUCACUUCCCGGACUUUUUACGCAAAUUCAAAGGCUCGCCGUCCGGCUCCUCGCUGGGGGACAAAGCGGAGUACAUGGAGAUGGAAGAAGGCGUCACGGAGUCCCUGUGCGGCCUGGACAAGAGUCCCAGUAAAGGGAACGGAACGGACAUUAGCAGACGGAACAGUACUAACUCCAAAUCUAUUCAGACUGACGUGUGAUUAUAAUACUUUUUUUUAUUAUUAUUAUUCGUUUCCCUAAAUAGAGACAUUGUUAGACACCCAAAAAACGAGCUUUACGCACGGGUCAUGCAGAGUUCCGCCUCCUCCUCUCGCUCCCCCAUGCAGUCAAGCAGGUCACCAUGGUAACCAGGUCAAACAAACUCGAGAGCCACACUAUUAGGACCAACACUUGCCAAAUGGCGUAUUCAUUUGAUUAAUCUAACUCGGGCUGGCGUGUAAAUUAGGCAAGAAAGUACGCACUGCACUGUGCACUUUAUGAAAUACAUCUUGAUGGGUAGUGCAAUAAAGCCAAGUUAGAGCGAGAGAAUAUUUAGAGCAGUGGUUCUCAAACUUAUUUUGGAAAAAAAAAGUCUAAACAGUCCAACAUUAAAAUACAGUAGCGUAGUAGGCCUAAGUAUUCAUUAAAAACAUGGCAGAUGUUUUAUUUAGCACAUUUAUUUAACAAUUUUGGCCACACAGUUUGAACAGUAACACUGUGUUUGAAUUUAGGAAAAAACUAAACAAAACGGUACCUAAAUAACGAACCAACUCUUCGGCGUACCUGUAGAUGGUGCCGCAGUUUGAGAAUCACUGGCUUAGAAUACACACACGGAGGUCAAUUUGUGUCUUUUUUGGACACUGAAUUUUGUGUGUUUGAAUUUUUUACAUCAAAGUGUGCUGACAAAAUUUGUGUUUUCAAAAUAAUGAAAAAAAAAAAAAAUUUAAUGUAAAAAUUCAGUGUGUAAAAAAACAGUAAUGAAAAAUUCAGUGCAGAAAUAUUGUUUGCUUUAAAACUAAAUACUCACUUCUGGUAAAUUAAGAAUGAAGAAAUCAUCCUGUCUCAGAACCAGCCAAUGAGGUGUCAAGUUUGCAGUCACGUGACCCGGCUCACAAACAAACUUCUUGAGUUUUGAAGCAACAAAUCUUUCCACGCUGAUUUUUUUUUUGCACUGAAUUUUUAUACACUGAAUUAUCAAACGGAGCAAUUUUGCUCAUAAAUUGUUAUUCAGUGGGAUUGUCAGCAUAAUUUGCUGUAAAAAAAUUUAAGUUCACAAAAUUCAAAUGCAAAAAAUUCAAUGCCCAAACAAGCUUUGGUAAUAAAGGCACAAAUUAACCUCCAUAUCAUCAAUAAAUUAAUCUCAAUAGAUUACAAUGUUGAGCAUAAGUCAGGCCAUGAGAGAGCAAAUUAAAGCGGGGGUCUCCAACCAUUAAACUGAUUUUUGGUAGCGUAGUUAAAGAAUAUGUGCUUAAACCAGGGGUGUCCAAAAUGUGGCUUGAGGGCCAUUUGCGGCUCGCUGCUCGAUUUUUGUUGACCUGCAACAAAUUGGCUAAAUCAAAUCAAACAUAAAAACAAUAGUACAAAUGUAAGAAAAAAGCCCCCCAAAAAAUUACUGUAUUGAGGAAAAAGCUGACAUGUUGAUACUAAUACACUUUGUCACAUAUAGCACAAAUCUGACACAAAGUUUUGUCUUUAAAUAUAGUGUUUUUUAUUUAUUUUUUAAUAACAAAAAAAAAUCAAAAGGGUGUUUUGAAUUUUCAGUAUGCAGUCAUUUGUAGAAAAUGUUUGGACACCCCUGGCUUAAACUUCGUAUUUUUAUAACUCUACAUGAUGCCUUUAUUUAAUGAUAAAUUAGCACAAAAUAGCAUACAAAAACACUUUAUGAGUGGAAACCUGCUUUCUAUUUAAACUACAACUUAAUGGUUGCCACUCAUAAAAAUAGAACCCAAAAUCUUUUCUUUUUGUAGAUCAAAUAGGGAUUCGAAAAACUGCACUAGAAAGAAAUGCAUACUUGAAUAUAAUAUAAUAUAAUAUAAUAUAAUAUAAUGACAAAUUAGCACAAAAUAGCAUACAAAAACACUUUAUGAGUGGAAACCUGCUUUCUAUUUAAACUACAACUUAAUGGUUGCCACUCAUAAAAAUAGAACCCAAAAUCUUUUCUUUUUCUAGAUCAAAUAGGGAUUCGAAAAACUGCACUAGAAAGAAAUGCAUACUUGAAUAUAAUAUAAUAUAAUAUAAUAUAAUAUAAUAUAAUGACAAAUUAGCACAGAAUAGCAUACAAAAACACUUUAUGAGUGGAAACCUGCCUUCUAUUUAAACUACAACUUAAUGGUUGCCACUCAUAAAAAUAGAACCCAAAAUCUUUUCUUUUUGUAGAUCAAAUAGGGAUUCGAAAAACUGCACUAGAAAGAAAUGCAUACUUGAAUAUAAUAUAAUAUAAUAUAAUAUAAUAUAACAUAAUAUAAUAUAAUGACAAAUUAGCACAAAAUAGCAUACAAAAACACUUUAUGAGUGGAAACCUGCUUUCUAUUUAAACUGCAACUUAAUGGUUGCCAUUCAUAAAAAUAGAACCCAAAAUCUUUUCUUUUUGUAGAUCUAAUAGGGAUUCGAAAAACUGAAAUUCAUACUUGAAUAUAAGAUGCGGAUGAACAUAUUUUUGAAAUACGAAUUUGUGAGAUGUGGAUAUCAACAUUUUGUUAAUGGUCAGGCGAAACAACCGUUGUGUGGGUUGAAAUAAUCUAUGAAAAUACAAAUUUCAGAAAGGAGUAGCCAUGUUAUUUUGGAAAAAAAGGUGGGAGACCCCUGAAUUAAAGCCUUAUCAAGAGUCGAAACCAGCUAAAAAAACUAUUGUUACACAUUUUGCGAUGUAUUAGCUGUUAACUAUACAAAAACGAUUAAGAAAGACAAUUUUUGAAACACUCUGUUUAUAGUGAAACAGUUGCACUUUUUGAUUUUCACAGAUAGUCUUCAAAUGCACCUUACCCUGGAAAGGAAAGAACAAAAACCACCUCAAAGUCGUCUUCUUAGAGCGCCGCCACUUGUAUGAAGUGACGCUCGUCGCGAGUGCAGCACAUGAAACGGUCAUCCCACAAAGCAGGGCUAGAAUGAAUGGUGUCGUACUGUAGGCCUACACGUCAGAACCAAGCACAGGAGUCACCAUAUCCGGACAAACGUGUCCCUGCGGCUUUUUUAACGGACAGGACGUCAGUGUCCCUAUUAAGUCACCACCAAACCAUAAUAUCCCUUUAUGAAAAAAUGGAACACUGAAGCAAAAAAAAAAAAAACAAAACGAAAAAAAUAGACUCCUUAUGAGGAGGUUGUACAAGCAACUUCCUCAAAUGAUGGACUAUAUAUUUUCCUUUUUUUUUUUUUUUGCUCAAGAGGACUACGAUGACCUCUGCGCUCAUGUGGAUGUGGACGUCUUCCAAGCUCGUAAACGCAGGAAGUGGCCGAGAAACGAACACGACAUCGGCGGCUGUGAGUGGACACUGAAAAACAACAAUGUCCGGACAAGGAGACGCAUGGGGAGGAAUUACUACUGUAUGAAAUGGGUAAAGUCACCCGGCGGGGGGUACAUGAGUAAGUGUGAUCGCCUUAAUUACCACACAUUUACAGAUGUACUCGGAGAUGAUCCAGUGAGACUUACACGAAAAAAAAAAAGUUUGCUUUAUGUGGAAAAAAAAAAAUGUCUUGUUAGAAAGCGGUGUGGGUGUUUUAAUAUGCUAGACUUGGUUUUAAUGUCAACAAAAGGGUUUUUUAGCUAUUGGUGUUCCCUAAAUGGUGACUCGUCCCUCUGCUCAUGUGACUUUUUUUAUCUUUUCCGUAUCGUCAACGGAGCGAGGCUGACCCAAGACGACGUCGUUAGUCCAAGUUGUGUCACGACACUAAAACCCUCUACGGAACAAAUUAGCCGCAUUAACAUCCACUCUCAGUAAAAGGAAGAUGUCAGGCCCAUAAACCCCGUCAUAAAUACCUGCCACACACCUUCUGUCCCGCCAGGAAGAUGAAGAGCAUAGCCAAGAUCCCACCCCUCUUUAAGACGACAAACCCUCGGUUGUUUUCUCAGAUGCAAACAGCUGCUUUGUUGACGUGUUUCCACUAUUAAGUGUAUGCAAAGUGACAUGGAUGUGUGUUCUCUAUUUUUUUAAAACCUAGCCUUGAUGAAUACAUAACCAAAGGUGAAAACCCUCAAUUUAUUGUACGUCGUGCACUUCUGGGAAAAUGUCGUGUUCUAGAUGCACCGUGUAAAUAGCCGACAUUUAUACUUGUGUGUCCUCAGAUGUCGUUUGAGACUUUCGAACUUUCUUUGACUGUUACGACCAUCGAUCUGAAUUGUGUGUUUGUUUAGUCCUGGCUGAUACAAUCAUGUCGCUCAUAUUGUUGUGAUUGCUGCUCUCCAACAUCUUAAUUGUGUCUUCCCCCUGCAUAUGCCCAUCAAAAUGUCAUUCUGAACACAAGGUUGCUAAUGUUCACUUUUAUUUUUGCAUAGUCUGUUAACCAUAUUGGAUUUAGGGCCCUCUAUCUUUUUAUAUGCAUUUCUUUCCUCCUUUAGAGAAAAUCCAAAGUACACACUCUUUGCUCUUUAUCUGAACAAUUUAUGUCUGUAAUUACCUCACUGCUUGUUUCCCCGACAAAAACAAAUCUAUUCACUGGAUGUUCCCAUUGUGUCAUGGAACUAAAAAAAAAAGCGUAACCCUAAAAGAAGCCACAGUAGUUUUCAAAUUGAUGUCGGUAGUUUUAGAGGAGGAUGUUUUUUUUAAUCGAGAAGUAGGUUUAAUGUCUGUUUUAAAAACAGAGUUACUGGAUUCAAACCUGCAAUGCUG